GGUAUUCCAUGAUCACUUUAGUAAAAAAGGAGGAGAAAAGGAGGGAGAGGAGGUCGCUGUGGUACAUGUCAGGUAUUCCAUGAUCACCGUUCGAGAAAUGGAGGAGAAAAGGACUGAUGAAAAGUGAGGAGGAGGAAGAGUGGGAAGAAGGGGAAGGAGAAAUAAGCAACAUGGGGAGGCUUUCAUCAUGCAACUUCAAAGGAGGAGGAGAAGGUAAGGGAGAAGAGGAGAAUGCAGGAAGCUUGAGGAGGUCUGUGAUGUGCAAAGUUUCAGGAGGUAAGGGAGAAGAGGAGAAUGCAGGAAGCUUGAGGAGGUCUGUGAUGUGCAAAGUUUCAGGCAUGCCGUGCAACGUGGAAUGCAUAUUGGGAUUGGAUGGAAAUGAAAGAAGGAACGGAGUUGACGAGGGAGGGAGUGUUCACUGUGGCACUUUGCAGGAGGCUGUGACAAGUCUUCAUUCCUCUGCUUUGCUAGAGGAAAGUGUCGUGGAGGCGAUACGGAGAUUGUGGACUUGGAUUUUGGGUUGUCAAGCGCGAGUGCUGCAGCAGCUACACACUCGGACAUUCAACCCAGUGCCUGCCGUGAGCGUCGGCGGAUCGAGUGUGCAUGGUGCAAGGUCCUGUCCGCAAGAUGCGAGCCCUAAUGGGUGUCGUCCGCCGCCUUCAUUUUCUCGGGGUGCCGGAUCAUCCAGUGACAUGCUGAGGAUGUCGUUUCCCCCCCCUUCGACAUCGCCUUUGACUACAACGCGGCAGACAAUGCCCUCACCGGCGGCGAACAUAAGCGUUGCCGGAUCGGAGGAAGGUGGCAGGCAGGUGUGGGAGUCAUGUCAGCGACAAAUGCGUCAAAUGCUUGUGGAGAACCUAACAAAUGGGGUGUCAAGGAUGCGUGUGGGUCCGGCAGGCGAGAAGGGUGGGAAACAUCCGUUCUGGAGUGUUGAGGAGAUGCUCAAGCUCGCCCGAGCGAAGAGGGAUCAGCAAGCUCAUUUCGAGGGCAUGUCGCACAACUACGGACGAAUGCACAACAGGGAAUGGAAGCUGCAGGACCUGCCAAAGCAUUUGUUGGAGGUGGGGGUAAGCAGGACGACAGACGACAUCGGCAAGAAGUGGGAUAACCUCUUCCAGCAAUACAAGAAAGUGCAACGGUAUCAAAACGCCUCUGGGGGGAAGAAAUUCUUCAACCUCACACCUGCAUUGAAAAUGGAAGAAGGCUUCGGAAUAGAGAAGCGCAUAUAUGAUGAGAUAGACACCAUGUCGAAGGGUAACAAGACCGUUAACCCAGACAACAACCCCGACACAAGCGCCGGUGGAGGAGUGCAGAUGUCACAUUCCCCAUCCGUUGUUGGAGAAUCGACAAUCGGGGGUGAUGGGAACAACGACGAUGGAGCCUCGGCGCGGGAGUCUGGCUUCAGUGCAGGCAGCAUGAGAGGGAACUACAAGAGGAAAAACAUACGCCAACAGACAUUCGACGCCAUUGAUGAAGUAAUUGACAAACACUGCGCAUUAAUGGUUGACACCGUCGAGGGGCCCAGCAAGCGACAAUAUUUCAUUCUGGAGUGGCAGUGCGACAUACUCGAGCGUGAGGUUGAUGCCCAGCAGUGGCACUACGAGGCGUCCGAUGAGGUGAACAGGUUGAUGUGCACUACAUUACUGGAGAUCGCCGAAGCCAUCAGGGACAGGUCUUGAUUCCGCCUCUACUCCUGCGGCGGUCUUCCUGUCCGUGAAUCUACAGGCGAUGCGGUCGUCGCUUGUUUUGCUCCAGUGACACGUUCGUCUACGUAUGUAUAUACAUUUAGUUUAGUGUGUAUAAUACAUAAUGUUUUUUCAGAAGAGAAAAAAAAAAAGAGAAGGAGAGAGAGAGAGAGAGAGAGAGCAUCAAGAAACAACCACGCACGCAAGGACUCGAGGAGUCGGGGGUGAUGGACGAACCGAUCACCAGGCAAGAAGGAAGGAGGGGGAGGUGGGGGAGGUCGAGAGGACUCGUUGCAAAUUGGGGUGGGAAGCGCGAGGGGCGGGAACUUUUUUGUAAUGCGGAAGGGUGGCUUCGGGUGGUAGGUCGUCAUGGAGGUGAAAAAAGGUUUUGAUCGCCUGCGCAACCCCAUGAAAUAAACGCCAUCCCGUCGG